UAGCGCUCUCUUUCGGUCCCGUCGGUUUGAAACUGCCAGGCUUUUGCUGGGGAAAAGAAGAGCGACGGCUGCUCUUCAGGAGCCGUUCACUCGUGGAAUUGUCGAAUUGUCGAGGGCGUCGAACCGAAGGGCGCCGUUAUAGAUGUGCUAACCCACAACUACAGUUACGAGUGGGGAGCAUCAGUCUGCGAAGGAUGAUUUCCUCAUCAGGUCAACUUUUCUCUCUAGAUGAAGUACUUUAAUGCAAGAUGUCAUCAUCUGAAGAGAAAAGUGCAAGUCCUGUUUUACCAAAAGAUUCUGAUCGAGGCAGUUCUGUCUCUUCUGAUCUUCAGUUUCAGCGUCCGUAAAGGAGGCAGCUCAUAUGGAUAUGGAAAGACUUUGCCCAAUCCGUUCAGAAGAAACUACUUCACCAGGGUCCUCAUCUAGUCAAAGAGAUCUUCAUGGUCCAUGCGUAACUGACAUAAGCCUUUCAGAUGAUAGAGUGACCCACAUAGAGAGCAUUCUUGAUCUGUGGAGUGGCAGCCUUAAAACUAAUGUUUUGACUGAGCUGAGGAAAUGGAAACUUCAUUUUAUUGAACAUCAUACCUUAGAGAUGAGACAAGAAAGAGAAAAGCAUGCAGCCGAUGUGAGACAAUUGACUAAUCAGAUGGAGAACUUGAAGGAAUUGCUACAUACAUAUGAAAUUUCCUUAGGGAGAAAGGAUGAGGUAAUUGCAAAUCUAACACAUGCAAUUGAGAAACAAAAGGACAGGAUAGAGUUAAUGAAAAAAUUCACAAAAUGGCGACUUCAGCAUUUUUUGAACCAACAAAGGGCCAGAGAACAGUUGUGCGCAAACAGACUGGCUGAUCAGCUGUAUAAAUUAGUCUUGUUGAGGAAAGUCUGGGUGAUUUGGCGAUCCAGCUUUAAUACAAAAUGUAAAGAAACCAUGGAAAAGGCUGUUCAGUCAAGUGUGGAAGCUAUGCGUGCUGCACUCACCAAUGAGUAUGAAUCCAAACUUCAAACGGUAACUAGUUCACUUGAGGAGGCCAGAUCUGAAAUUAUUGAAUUGCAGAACCAGAGACAAGAUUAUGAAGAUGCCAUGAAGAAGGCUUUCAUGCGGGGUGUCUGUGCACUGAAUUUAGAGGCAAUGAGCAUGUUUCAGAGCAAAGAUUUCAAACUUGACCAGGUUGGAAGUCAGCCUGGCCCAUCAGUUAGAUCAAGCAUAUUUCGUCAGCAGCAGGAGCAAGUAAACAGUGAAGUGCGAAGUCAGCCUGGCCUAUCAACCAGAUCCAGCAUGUUUCGUCAGCAGCAGGAGCAAGUAGACAGUGACGGCCCAUCAACCAGAUCGAGCAUAUUUCGUCAGCAGCAGGAACAAGUAAACGGUGAAGUGAGAAAUCAGCAUACUCCUGGCCCGUCAAACAAACCGAGCAUGUUUCGUCAGCAGCAGGAGCAAGUAAAUGAAGAAGUGCGAAAUCCAUUCCUGCCUGGCCCAUCAGUUAAAUCAAGCAUAUUUCAGCAGCAGGAGCAAGGAGACGGGGAAGUGAGAAAUCAGCUUCAUCCUGUCCCAUCAAACAGACCGAGCGUGUUUCGUCAGCAGCAGGAGAAAGUAAACGGUGAAGUGAGAAAUCAGCAUAAUCCUGGCCCGUCAAACAGACCAAGCAUGUUUCGUCAGCAGCAGGAGAAAGUAAACGGUGAAGUGAGAAAUCCUCUUCAGCCUGCCCCAUCAGUUAGAUCAAGCAUAUUGCAGGAGCAGGAGCAGGAGCAAGUAAUCGGUGAAGUGAGAAAUCCUCUUCAUCCUGUCCCAUCAGUUAGAUCAAGCAUAUUUCAGGAGCAGGAGCAGGAGCAAGUAGUCGGUGAAGUGAGAAAUCAGCAUACUCCUGGCCCAUCAAACAGACCGAGCAUGUUUCGUCAGCAGCAGGAGCAAGUAAAUGAUGAAGCACGAAAUCAGCUUCAGCCUGUCCCAUCAGUUAGAUCAAGCAUAUUUCAGCAGCAGGAGCAAGGAGACGGUGAAGUAGUUGAUCUACCAGAAAAAAGAGCAGAAUCUGGUGCUGGCACUGGUGGACCUACAGCAAAAUUUUCUUCAUUUCAGCCUAUGCCAUCAAUGUCCUCACUGCCACAACCACCACCUCAUUUUGCUCCAACGACAGCUGGGUCUGCUCCUGCAGAAGAUCUGUUUUCUUCUCACCAAGGCCAUGCUGUAACAUCCCAAACCAGAUUAGACUCUGCUGCUGCAAUAACCUGCGGUGCUGCGACAGGAUCAGGCGCAAAGUGCAUUGCAAAACUGCCCAUGACGAGGGUGGUGACAUCUGCUCAACAAAAGCCUGGAAGGACAGUCACUGCGAAAAUCACCGGUCGUUCAGAUUUUUCAGGAAAGAAUCGUAUUUGCAGUAACUUAGAUGUCUUGGGUGUUUCGCCUCCCAUGAAUUCUGUUGUGGUGGAGAAACAUCAUCCUGUCACUCAGCAAACUAUAUCUCAAGCUGUUGCUGCUAAAUAUCCUCGAACUAUGCACCAGUCUUCUAAUGCUAUUGGUGUGAGACAUUUGGGACACAAUGGGAAAACUCCUGUCCAAAGUCACAACAACAUCCAGUCAAUAAAGGUAGUGGAGUAGGUUAGCCGGUUGAAACGCCUGUACUUUAUUUUAAGCACAUGAAGAAAGUUUUCCAGGUUAUUGUUUAAAAUGUGCUCCCUGGUGUUUGCAGAUUAAUGGAAUAAUAACCCAAGAUGCAUCAUGUUUUUCCUCUCAAUAAUAUUGUACAUAUAGAGAUAUUUGAAGUGUAAAAAGUGUGCCACUGAAGAUGGCACAAUGUAGUUCUGUGUAACUGCAAAUAAGGUAUACUUGAAAUUUUUACUUUCUUAAAACUUAUUAUAUAUCCUUAUUUAAUGUUUUUAAUAAAAAUGAAGCAUUGAGCUUGUAUAUUCUAAAA